AUGCCCGGAUUGAACGCAGCACAAACUGUGUCUCGAGUAAUUGUCCAGCAUGACACGGCCGACGACUACCUGACCGCAACGUAUCCUACUCUACGCCGCCACGAGGCCUCAGCCAAUAUCGUCCUUGCACACGCCCUCAAGCGUGUCACUGCAGAAGCCGCCUUGAGCAGGUUCCCGUUCUUAUGCGAUGAGGAUGUGGAUGCAUACUUCCAGAAUUUGGAACCCACUCACUUCCAACCUCGUCGCAAUGCCGACUCAUUCUGGUUGACGAUGUGGAGUCCCUCUGCUUCCGGUCGUCCCAUCCUUGACCUUGUGCUGACUUGCGUCAAUUGGACGCUCGGCGAAUAUCCCAUCUUCAUUUGGGCUCCUCAUCACCGCAGAUCAUUCUCAUCGGAGUGGUUGAAGCAUCAAAUAGUCGAACUCACAGAGUUCUUGCGCUCCUGCGUGCCUCCAGAGCGGGUGUUCUCAGUCUUUGGCAUGACUCACCUCGUCAAGGCGUUCGCCCGCCAGUGGACAGCCUUGACGGGCUUCCAAGUGGAGCCAGAGCCAUUCUACGCAGCACACUUCUCGUAUUGCACGCCGCAGACGUUCCGCGAUUCGGACGGGAUCCUCCCGCCCGGCCACGCCCUUAGAAGAGCAAAUUUGCAUGAUCUAGACGCUGUUGCCCAACUCUGCAAGGAAUUCGCAGACGAUACGGUCUUCUUCCCGCUUUCUAUAGACAAGGCUCGCGUAGAAGCGCGUGAACUGAUUAUGAAGGGCCAGAUCUGGGUCUACGAUGCAGACGGAUCGAUCACGACUAUCUGCGCGGUCACGCGAAACUCCCAACGCGUUUCCGCCAUCACGAAGGUGUAUACGACACCCAUAUGGCGGCGGAGAAGAUGCGCGGAACUCCUCGUACGCGAUGUCACUGCCAGGCUCCUCUUUGAUUGCGGCAAAGACUCCGUCGUCCUCUAUGUCGGACAUGACAACAGCGCGCAGCGCGUCUACGACCGGGUGGGUUUCGCCGGUCUAUGUGGCAGGGACAAACCCGAAGGCGUCGAAGACUCAUUGGAGCUCGGGUUCAUCGGGACGAAGAGAGGCCACUGGUGA